AUGUCAGUACAUGUAUUACGAAACCAUUUGGUUGGUCAAUUCUAAGUAUAACAAGUGACGACGUGUGGACGAAGAAGGCGCGAAAAAAAACCUGUUCGUAAAACGAUGGAAGUGUGCAUCCUGUAUUUGAUGAAGGUAGAUUGGAUUACUAGUGAAUGGACCGCAGCUAGUAGGCAAAUGAACCACAAAAUCAAACUUAAUCCAAAAUGUCAACUUGAGCAGUGUUCUUCUAUAGCUCCAUCAGUUUUCAAUUGGUUCACAUCCUGACUGAUGAUUUGCAAAGACACGAAAAUUGUCAGAUGAAAUGAACAAUUGACUGAGAAUUGAAAACUUGAUGCUACUACUGUUACUAUACAGAUAAAGUUUUGGGGAGGUUGCCGCAGUCGACAGUAAGAGGGGAAAAAAGUAGGUUUAUUCCGUUACAGUUCAACAGACUUUUCAAUGAAUUAUACGAAUACAAGCAUCGCAAGUGAAAUCAUCGUCGACAACCGAAGAAUUAAGAUCACGCAACUAUUCUUCUACGUGCUGAUAGCAGCUGUUGGGGCGGUUGGAAACACUAUGAUAUGCAUUUCUAUUUUGAGACGAACUCAACGUAAGAUGAGCGAGAAUUUUAUCCUCAAUCUCGCCGUGACAGACCUGGCUGUAAGCACAAUAAGUAUUCCUUUGGAUGUGAUUGAAAGAGUGUCAGGCUUCUGGCCCUAUGGAGCGGUCUUGUGUAAGAUUGUCUAUCCAUUUCAGACGAUUCUCAUGGCAGUUUCAGUAGCAACGCUGCUAGCAAUGAGCCUUGAGCGGCAUCGUGUUAUCAUCUACCCCUUUAAACCUCGCAUAAAAGGCCAUUCUUCGAGGAUCAUAAUCAUAGUGACGUGGAUUGGAAGCAUUAUCCUUGUUUCUCCAUACAUUCUUGUAUUGUCGUACGAAGAUAACAACUGUAUUGAAGUAUGGCCAAAUGGGACAUUAUUUGUGAGGAUCUACACCAUGUCAGUGUUUGUGGCGCUUUAUCUGUGCCCGUUGAUUGUCAUAACCAUAGCGUACUUGCUGGUAGCCGCCAAGUUGUACAGAGACAUCAAAAGGAUGAGAGGAAUUUUCUCUCCUGGCAAAAAGACAAGAAACGGACAACGAAUGAUCAAAUGUAGAGCACAGAGAAAUUUGAGAAUCGUUAAAAUUUUUAUCGCGGCUGUUUUCGCAUUUGCUGUUUGUUUCUUGCCGACGCAUGUCAUGUGGUUGUGGCAUGACUUUGGAUCAGGGUCGCAAUCUGAUUACUUUACUACACUACUUGUCUUUGCCAAUAUCUUAGUAUAUGCAAACAGCAGCAUCAAUCCUUUCAUAUUUGGGACACUCCAAUCAGAGUGCAACUCGUGCUAUGCGUUUUUUAGAGGACCAAGAGCAAGGCGCCGUGGCACACCCCACAAAGAUAGGAAGUUCUCUUUCUACUCUUUUCCCUCAAGGUAUCGUAGUGCAUCAAGGAGUUGUCCUAAUAAUGUUCUUUUGCUUCCCUCAAGAGAGGUUCAUGAUCACGUGGAUCAUGCUCAUCAAAGAGAUUGGGCAGAGCACGUAGCGCUUAAUCUAGAAUCCAAUCUUUAGUAWGCACUUCUUAAUACAGACGCAAACCUUCAAAAGGGGUCGUACUUGUAGCCAAUAAAAAAGCAGAUGGAUUUAUACCGCAUGAUGACGUCAUUUAUAGACGACUCGAGAGAGAUCAUCACCGACUGCACCGCAAAAUAAGAACAUUAUACAUUGAUAACAAAAUAUCUCUUCGCAAAGAGCUACUAAAAUGAAUGAUAUACUAAUAACUGCAGUGAUGAAACUUUUGUUGAAGAUAAUUAAGCUGUUCAUUAAUCGAGCAUGUUAUAUUAAAGUUAAAAAAACAUUUACGGUUUUGUUAAUGAGAAAUUAUAUAUUUUCCUUAAAAGAUCAGUAAUGUAAAAAGUGGAACUCGAUCUUAUCAAUAAAUGCCGGGUUACUUAUGGUUUCAAGAUUGUUUCCAGGAUGGAAAAUCAGGUUAGAAAACAAUGGUGGUUUGCUGAAUCACUAGGUGUUUUUUAACUUUUUUCCCAAAACAAUUCUCUGCCAAAAUAUCAAAUGUUGAUCUCAAUUUAUCAUCCAAGAUAUCACAGUUAAUGAAGCGUUAAAAUCCAAUCUUUGUACAUAACUUUCACUACAUUGUUAUCCAAUAGGCCAUGUUCAAGAUAUUGGAAUUCUAGGUGACGAUCCGGGGCUCUCCGGAAUAAGAUGUUCAAAAUUACAUAGUAGAUUCGAUUACAAAGUCGGAAUAGUGAACAGACUAGCAUUUCUACCAUAUAUUCUUAUUAUUGCUAAAAGGUAGGAAGGUCGUAUAUAGUAAAUUAUAUAUUUUAUUCCUACGUCAUCACUUGUAUUUGAUAAUCCACGUGUUUGUACUUUUGACUACUCUUAAAGCUCACUGUAUGCUUGCUUACCCUCAUUUCUGAGGUCGGUAAACAAAAGCAGAAAUAGAAUAACAAAACAAGGAGCUUCUGUAUUCGAGGCUAAGCCUGCAUACACUGGAGUUUUAAGAGUCGUCAAUACAUGAAGCACCAUACGACUGAACUGUCUCGCAAUAAAGUCUGAAUUUUAAAAUGUCAACGUACGUGGCUUGUAUCUGAGAACUUUAUCAAAAGAAUAAACUUAGGUCAUAUUA